AUGACAAUGGAGAUAUUUAACCAAAACAAUCGCAAAUUAAUCAGUUUGAUAGCACUUAUUCUACAAACAACUAGUAUUGUUCUUGUACUACGUUAUUCACGUACACGGAAAGCUGAACCAUAUAUAUCAUCAACAGCUAUUGUUGCUUCAGAAUUUCUCAAAGGAUUAAUUUGUAUUAUUCUUGUUUGGUUUGAAACAGAUUGUUCAUUGAAUCGUUUGAUAAAAAAAUUACAUGAUGAAAUCUAUGGUAAACCACAUGAAACAUUAAAAUUAACUAUACCAAGUGGAUUAUAUGCUAUUCAAAAUAAUCUUCUUUUUAUUGCAUUAUCUUAUUUAAAUGCUGCAACUUAUCAAGUGACAUAUCAAUUAAAAAUUUUAACAACAGCACUUUGUUGUGUUUUUAUGCUUGGUAAAAAAAUAGAAAAACAUCAAUGGAUAUCUUUAUGUAUGCUUGCAAUUGGUGUUGCAUUUGUUACAUGGCCAUCAUCAGAUGAAGGUAAUAAACGUUUAUCAACACAAACUCCAAAAUCUUGGUUACAACAAUUUAUUGGUUUGGGUGCUGUAUUAAUGGCAACCUUAACAUCGGGUUUUGCUGGUGUCUAUUUUGAGAAAAUACUCAAAACUGGACCUACUUCUGUUUGGGUUCGAAAUAUUCAAUUAGCUAUAUUCGGAACUAUUUUUGGUUUAGUAAUUGUCUAUAUUUUUGAUUAUAAAGCUGUGAUGGAAAAAGGCUUUUUCCAAGGAUAUUCAACAGUUGUAUGGAUUGUUAUUUUUCUUCAAGCUAUUGGUGGUUUAAUAAUAGCUGCUGUGAUUAAAUAUGCUGACAAUAUUAUCAAAGGUUUUGCUACUUCUCUUUCAAUUAUUCUUUCAUCAGCUGUUUCAUAUUUCAUUUUAAAUGAUUUUAUACCCUCAUUAUUUUUCUUUAUCGGUGCAAUGUUAGUUAUAACGGCUACAUUUCUUUAUGGAUGGGAAAGAAAAGUGAAACUGAUACCACUAAAUGAUCAAAAACGAUGA